AUGGACCCAACACAGCUUCUCACGACGAAACAUUUAUACUCUCGAGUCUUUGCCCUUUCACAAGGUGGUUGCCUACGCUCGACUGUCCAAGGAACCUCACACUGGCUUGUGCCUCCGUGCACGGAAAUCGCCCGAGAUAUUCUCCUAUUUGAAUCUGACUCAACCGGUAGCACGACCGUAAUCAUGGGCAUACCUAUGGACACAGCUGCUUUCUUAGGUUUAGUUCUCGAGACCUUGUUGUAUGGCGUGUUCCUCACUUUAUACUGGUUCACGUUGUUCAUCCUACUCAAGAAGACCGGCAUUCAACGGCAACUCCUUCUCCCAGUGGCAACCUUGUUGCUAUGCAUUGCAUCGACCCAUUUAAUCAUUGGUCUUGUUCGAGCGUUAGAGGCAUUUGUAUUCAAGGUGGAUACGAUUGGGGCGAGUGACUACUAUUCCAACUUUGCUUCGCCAUUAUUUGUUGCAUCAACGGCACUUUGCGUCACGCAAACCAUUCUCGCCGAUGCGAUAGUUGUGUGGCGAUGUUAUGUACUCAACGACAGAAGUCUGUUGGUUGCCAUUCCUGGUUGUAUCAUGCUUUUAGCCAGCGUGGCCACUGGAUACUAUGGUAUCGGGUCCCUUUCUCGGGCCCGUCUGCUGUCUAAUGUGCCCCCCGCUGAUUAUGGGUGUAUCGCUACGUUCGAUGCAUUGACCAUGGGUCUCAGUGUUACCAGUACCAGUUUGAAUGCUUGGCGCAUAUAUCGCACCCGCUAUGUCAUGCCAGAGCGUUUUGCUGCUUUUCUACCCAUUUUUAUCGUCGUCAUCGAGAGCGGAGCAUUUUAUUCCACGAGUAUCCUUAUGCUCCUCUUAACAUUCUUCAUCGGAUCCAAUGGCCAAUACACCAUGCUGGACAUUAUCACACCUAUUGUGGGCAUCACAUUCUGCCUCAUCGUUCUGCAAGUACACUUCAACAUAGGUGGCUCGUCGGCCGAAAAGCCCACUGAAGCACAGGGUGCUAUCACGAGCCUCUUUCAAGAGCGAGGUAUACGGGAAGGCUUCAGCAUAGAACCAAUGAUUAAGGAGGACGAUCUUCCCUUCGAAAUUAGAAAGAACGGUUAA